AUUGUUGCAAUUGUGAAUUGUCUACUUUAUAGUUGCUCUGUAGAUAAUAUUUAUUAUUUAAUGAAUUUUGUUUGAAUUUUGCUCGUGUCAAUGAAUUUUACAUAUUCCACACUUCCAGUGUGAAUGAAGCCAUAGCUUAAAAAUAAUAAAAUAUUAUGAAUGUUGUGUCCAGGGUCUACUACUCAUUAUAUUCUACUAGAGAAAAUUCGUAAGAUAUAACAUUACAAAAUAUGACAUACUAUUCUCCUUCAGAUAUUAAUAAAAUCACAGAAGAUUGCAUAAACCUUUAUCAGAGCAUCCCUAAAAAUGGCAAACCUAUUGAAAGCGAGUGGACUGUUUUGUCAUGUGUGAUUGAACUUGAUAAAAUAUCAAAGAACAAUAAAAUAGUAGCUUUGGGAACAGGUUCAAAAUGUAUUGGAGCUACGAAGAUGUCAUCCUUAGGUAACAUUCUAAAUGACUCUCAUGCUGAAAUAAUUGCUAGAAGAGGAUUUCUUUUAUAUUUAUAUAAAAACAUUUUAGACACCUUAAGUGAAAAAUCCUCAAUAUUCAUCAGAGAAAAUGAAAAAUUUAAAUUAAAAGAUAACCUAGAAUAUUUGUUUUAUUCAUCACAGAUGCCUUGUGGAGAUGCUUCGAUCAUACCUAAGUGUGGUGAACAAGAUGACUAUGGAGAUUUAAUUAUUAAUAGCAAGAGAAAAGCUGAUAUUAAUAUAUGUGAAAUACAAAGUAAGAAAGUUAAAAUGGAUAUACAUAGAACCGGAGCUAAAUGUUUAACACACGGAAACCAGGAUCCAAAGGAACCCGGUGAUAAGUAUCACCUAAUAGGCCAAGUAAGAACUGAACCCGGUAGAGGAGAUCGUACAUUAUCGGUGUCAUGUAGUGACAAAAUUGCUAGAUGGAUCCAUUUAGGCAUCCAAGGAGCAUUGUUGAGUUUAAUUUUACAUGAACCCAUCUUUAUUAAAUGCUUUAUAUUUGGCUCUGGGACACCUUAUUCCAAAGAGAGCCUACACAGAGCACUAAUAUAUAGGGAUAAUGAAGAUGUACUAGGGAGAUUACAAGUAGUUCCUGAAUUUCAUAACUCAUCAAUAGUGUUUCCGCAUAUUAGAACUACCAAUAGCCUCAGACCUUCAGCCGGCAGUAUAAUAUAUGUAAACAUAAAUAAUGGGUUACAAGAGGUCGCAGUUCAAGGUGUGAAGUUGGGUUUAACAAAAAAGAAAGCGAAUUCUUUAAACCACUGCUUAAGUAUUUGUAAAUACAAUUUAUACAGAAUAUUCUUGGAGAUUCUUGAAAAAAAUCAUGAUCUGAAAAAGAUUAUUUGCUGUGAGGAAUUAAAAGACAUCCCAUACAACAAGAUGAAACGGAAAGCUGUAUUGUAUCAGGAGAAAUGGACAGAAAUAAAAGACAAUUUCUUUAAAGCAUGGACAGUCAAACCAGAUAUAUGGAAUUUUUGUAUAAACGAUAAAUAAUAAAAGUAAAUUAAA